AUGACCGGCAUUGGUGAAGGAAACCACAAGAAACGGAAGCUGCUCGACGGCGCUGAACUCGAGAUAGAUGUCUCUGCGCCUGAACCACCCUCAAAGAAGGCCCUUCGUAAAGCCAAAAAGAAGGCCACUGUUGCAGAUGCGAAGGCCGACACACAUCCUAAAUCUGAAAACGGAGGCACUGAAACCGCUCCUCAAAAACGUUCAGACUACGGCAUUUGGAUAGGAAAUCUAGCAUUUUCUGUGACAAAAGAAGAUAUACGGCGGUUUUUGACGACCAAUUGCUCAUUCACAGAUGCUACCAUCACUCGAGUACAUCUACCCAAGCCGUCGGACAAAAGUUCAAGGGCGCAAAAUAAAGGAUUUGCCUACGUUGACUUUUCCACUCCCAAGGCGUUAGAAGAGGCACUUGGGCUGAGCGAGCAGUUAGUUUCUGGGCGCCGUGUUUUGAUAAAAGAUGCGAAAAAUUACAAAGGCCGGCCGGAGAAGUCGCAAGAUGAUGGAAACAAUGCUCCUACAUCCUCGGGCCGCCCUCCCUCCAAACGCCUAUUUGUUGGUAACCUCAGUUUCGACACGACUAAAGAGUUUCUUGAGGAGCACUUUUCGCAAUGUGGAACCGUGACCAACGUCCAUGUCGCUACUUUUCAAGAUUCCGGGAAAUGCAAAGGUUAUGCUUGGGUGGAGUUUGAGGACUUGGAAGCGGCUAAAACGGCAGAGAGAGGGUAUAAAUAUAUCACUGAAGACAACGAGGAUGAAGACGAUUCGGCUCAAAAACCGCAGCGGAGAAAAAUAUGGCUGAACCAAGUUCUGGGCCGGCGCAUGAGACUCGAGUUCGCUGAAGACGCAACGACUCGCUAUAACAAACGGUUCGGUAAGAACGGGGAGGGGAAAAAGGGAGCUACAGGCAACGACGGGGAUGCAGAGCCCGGUGAUUUCGAGGAGGUCGCGGCUGAAAAGCCUCAACAGAAGAAGGCCAAGAACGCAAAGCCGGAUUAUACCCGCUACGACGAGUCCACCGUGCAGAAGCUGAGCGGCGCUAUUGUUGAGGGUCAGGGCAGGAAGACAACGUUUGACUGAAGUCGGAACAAUAAAGAGUCCCCUUUCAAUGAUAUGAGAAGAUAUAUACUGGGUCUACUCCUGUUCCAAUGUCGCUGUUUGGAAAUGGAUCGUGUAAGGACGAGAGCGAUAUUUGCUAUCUAAUCCUGCAGGAGAAGGGCAGCGUCUGGUAAUUUGACGUGGCACGAGAUAGACGUGAGAUCACUGAUACCCAAGGAAUGGAUUUACUCAACGCAGUGUUA